UCUUGUCUUCCACAGCCGAUUCCAAAUAGCUUGAUCUUCAGUUGAGCUUUCAUCAUACAAAUAAAAAAACAGCCAAGGAAAGACAAUAAACAAUCAAGUGGAUAAUGAUGGUCGUUCAACAAAAACCCCAUCGAGUGAGGAACCAAAGAAAGGUUGGAGAAAGGUUUUAGAACUAGCAGUGAAUUGGUUGUCAUACCAAAACAAGAAUGCAUGGUUGGAUCAAAUGAGGGGGAAUAUGAGUAUAGUAGCAAUAUUCAUAGCAACAAUAACGUUUCAAAUGGCUAUAAAUCCACCCGGUGGCGUUAGGCCUAUUAAAGACGAUGGAGAUAAAGACGCAGAUAAUACAGCAUGUUAUAAUGGUUAUGAGGACUUGAAGCUAUGUCCGGGUAAUGCUGUCUUAGCCAUUGUAUACCCUGAUGACUAUGCUGACUUCCUUUUUUGGAACACAAUAUGUUUCAUUGCAUCGCUAAGUGUUUUACUCUUGCUUAUGAGUGGUAUUCGUUUGAGUCAUAGGUUUACUAUGUGGCUUUUAUCUAUUGGCAUGAGUUUCACUCUAACAACUCUUCUUGUUACUUACCGAAUAGCAAUAUUAAUGGUUACCCCAGAUCCUGUCUGGGCUGAUAAUGAGGUUUUACUUUCAACAUUGCUUCGUAUUUGGAUUGGAUUGUUUUCUUUCUCGGGUUUCUUACUCACACUGCGUAUUAUUAUUUGGGGAAUUAGUGAUUUCGUCAAAAAAGGUGAAUGUAAAAAGGCAACCACUCCAAUGAUGAUUGCACCCGCUUGAUUUGAUUGUACAAUCUUUAAUUACGACUAUAAUUAGUGUGUUAGGUGUUGAAUAUAUGUAAGAUAUGUAUGUUUAAAUGUUAUCCUUGUAAGGACUGGUAUUUAUUUUUUAAUAAGCUAGCAAAUGUUAGUGAUUAUAGUUUGUUUGCUAGGGUGAAGGAAAGAUAUUUGCGGCAGAGAAUAUAUUUAGCCCAAAUUAACCACUUCAUUUGGCAUGUAUUUGUGUGGAAGAUUGUCAUUUAUAUGUAAU